GGGGCUACUGGUAACUCAGGACGCGGCCGGCGGUGGUUGGAGCCGUUUAGUUUCAGCUGGCUCACGAGCCCCCCGCCCCGCUCGCCUGCCCCAGCGAGGCGCCCGAGCCGCCGCCAUGACCGAGCGCGACCCUCAGCCCAUGGCUUAUAUUAUAUAUUAUGCGCAAGAAAAAUAUUUCAACCAUGUAAGGCAAUUUGCAAAUUUAGAACUGGACAAAUACAUCAAUGAUCCAGUGUUUCAGUUUUUCAAGGCAUAUGGAACCUUACAUUUAGGCCAAAUACAAGAUGCUAUCUUACAGCUAGAGAAUGCCAGGAAAUGCCACUCUGAUGUUUCAUUAUGCUGCCUUUUAGCACUCAUUUAUGCACACAAAAUAUGUGAAAAUGUUGAUCGUGAUGCUGUUUUGGAACUGGAAAACAAAUUAAAGGAAACCCGGAAGACUGCAGGAAUUAAUGCAUUAUAUUAUGCAGGAAUGUUUCUGUGGCUGAUGGGUAAAAAUGAUAAAGCAAAUGAAUACAUUGACAGAAUGCUGAAAAUAUCUAAUGGGUCUAGAGAGGGUCUUAUGCUUAAAGGAUGGGUGUACUGUACAUCUGACAAACAGCAUGCUAUUAAGAAAUCUAUCAAAUACUUAGACGAAGGGAUCCAAGACACCACCGAUAUAUUUGGGAUGAUGGGAAAGGCAAGAUAUUUCAUGAUGCAACAGAACUAUUCAGGUGCUCUGGAAGUAGUUAACCAAAUAAUAGUCAAUUUUUCUGGUUUCAUACCUGCAUUUAUCCUCAAGAUGAGGCUAUUUUUAACUCAGCAAGACUGGGAGCAAACUUUAGAAACUGCACUAAGAAUCCUGAGCAAAGAUGAGACCAAUAUAGAUGGACUUCAAGCUAGUAUUGUAAAUGAGCUUUCAAGAACUGGAAACUUGAAUGCAGCAUCAUUUCAACUUAGAGAUUUUAUUCAUUCUUUGGAGACUAAAGAACCUCAUAAUGCAGACUUACAUCUUCGAAAAAUCCUUGUGGUCAGUAGAUUGUGUGGGAAGAAUCAACAAAUCUUGCAGCUAAUAUAUGGAUUUAUUGAACGCUCUUAUACAAAAUUAAAGUCUUCAGAUGCAUGUUUUGCUAACGAGCUGGGAUAUCAACUAAUUCUUCAGGGGAAGUGGAAAGAUGCUUCUGUGUGGUAUAGAAGAGCAAUGGAGCUGGAUGAAAGCAGUGUAGAUGCUCUAACAGGUAUUAUUUGGUGCCAGGUGCUGGAAGGGAAGCUGGAUGAAGCAGAGCAUCAGCUGGAAUUCUUAAAGGAAGUUCAGCAGUCCAUUGGAAAAUCUGCGGUUCUAGUUUAUCUUCAGGCAGUUAUUGCUUCAAAGAAAAACAAGAAUGAACCAGUUGCAACUGCCCUUUUGAAUGAAGCUGCAGAACUUCAUUUUUCUGCUUUGCACGGCCUUCCUCUGAGCAUGGAAUACUAUGAAAAACUAAACCCCAUGUUCCUGAUUGAAAUCGUGAAGGAAUAUUUAGUCUUCUGUCCCAAACAGCCUAGGUCACCUGGUCAAAUUGUAUCUCCUUUUCUUAAACAAGCAGCUAUAAUUUUGAAUCCAGUGGUUAAAGCUGCUCCUGGUAUGCUGGAGCCUCUUUAUCUAAUGGCACAAGUCAAAUAUUUAUCAGGUGAGUUGGAAAAUGCACAGGGUACUCUGCAACGUUGUCUAGAUUUGGAUCCUACAUCAGCAGAUGUCCAUCUUCUCAUGGCCCAGAUCUAUCUGUCCCAAGGAAAUUUCAGAGAGUGUUCUCAUUCAUUGGAGUUGGGGGUCAGUCAUAAUUUUCAGGUUCGUGAUUAUCCACUGUAUCACUUCAUCAAGGCCAGAGCACUGAAUAAAGUAGGAGAUUAUCCAGAAGCCAUAAAAAUUUUAAAAAUGAUUAUCAGUUUACCUUAUAUGAAGAAAGGUGAAAGUAAAAAAAUCCUUGGUACCAGUAUAACAACCAGUGAAUGGGUGUCCAUAUAUCUGGAACUUGCAGAAGCUCUUCGACUCAAUGGGGAACUGCAUGAAGCCACUAAAAUUAUGCAGGAUGCCAUUAAUGAAUUUAGUGGAACUCCAGAGGAAAUCCGCAUCACUGUUGCUAAUGUAGAUUUGGCUCUCAGUAAAGGGGAAGUGGAAAUAGCGCUAAGCAUGCUGAGAAAUAUCACCCCAAGCCAGCCAUAUUAUACUGAGGUUAAAGAAAAGAUGGCUCAGAUAUACCUUCAGAUACGGAAGGAUAAGAGACUAUACAUUGGAUGUUAUUGCGAACUGUGUGAACAAUUGCCAAGUCCUCAGACUAGCCUUCUCUUGGGAGAUGCCUACAUGAAUAUUCAAGAGCCAGAGAAAGCUGUGGAAGUAUACGAAGCAGCUCAAAGAAAGAAUCCUUUAGAUGCAACACUGGCCAGAAAAAUUGGACAAGCAUAUGUGAAAACUCAUCAAUAUAGCAAGGCUGUUAAUUAUUAUGAAGCAGCUCUAAAGAUGAGUGAGCAGGACUUCUUGUGCCAUGAUCUUGCUGAACUCCUCCUCAAACUCAAGAAGUUUAACAAGGCAGAAAGCGUUCUGAAUCAAGCUAUGGAGCAUGACUCUGUUAAUGACUUGCCUUCCAUGAUGAAGGAUGUCAAGAGCUUGCUUUUACUAGCAGAGGUUUACAAAAACAAUAAAAAAGAAGAAGUGAUGGGAACUUUGAACAAGGCCUGUGACAUACAGUUGAGAAUACUGAAGCGUAUCCCUCUGGAACAACCUGAAUUGAUCCCUUCUCAGAAGCAGUUGGCAUCAUUGAUCUGUGUACAGUUUGCUGAGCAAUACCUAAUUGAGAAAGAGUAUUUACAAGCUGUUAAAUGGUAUAAAGAUGCACUAUGUUAUACUCAGACAGAUAGUAAAGUACUAUUGCAGUUGGCUCGUCUUUAUUUGACAGAAGGAGAUAUCGUGUCAUGCGAACAUCAUUGUGCUCUGCUUCUUCAAGAUGACAAUUGCAAUGAAAUUGCAACAAUGAUGAUGGCAGACCUCAUGUUCAGAAAACAGAAGUAUGAACAAGCUAUAAAUCUUUACCAAAAUGUUCUGGAUAAAGCACCAGAUAACUUCUCGGUAAUGGAAAGGUUAAUAGAUUUGCUAAGAAGAAGUGGUAAGCUUGAUAAAGCUACAUAUUUCUUUGAAAUGGCUAAGAAAAAGUCAACUCGAGUACUCUUGGAGCCUGGUUAUAACUACUGCAAAGGACUUUACUGCUGGCACAUGGGAAAGCCCAAUCAGGCACUGAAGUAUUUCAACAAAGCUCGAAAAGAUAGUGACUGGGGCCAGAGAGCCAUCAACAAUAUGAUUCAGAUCUGCCUAAAUCCUGAUCAUGAGAUAAUAGGAGGAGAAGUGUUUGAAAGCCUCAAUGAAGAGGACAGUAACUUAAAAGAGAAGAGAGACUCUGAGCAACAUGGGAUACACACAGCUGAGAAACUACUUAAAGAGUUUUAUCCUCACUCACAAGAGGGACAAAAUCAGAUGAAGAUGUUAAAGAACUGCUGUCUGAUGGCCACAAAAGACAAAAUUAAUGUGGAGAAAGCCCUCAGUGUAUUUGUAGAAAUGGCCAAAAAUGAGAGGGAAAGCGUUCCAGCUAUUUUGGCAAUGGCCCAAGCCUAUAUGAUUCUGAAACAGACUCCCAAGGCCAGAACCCAGCUAAAACGGUUAGCCAAAGCUAACUGGACUUCAUCUGAUGCUGAAGAAUUAGAAAAAAGUUGGAUGUUAUUGUCUGACAUAUACUGCAAAAGCGGAAAGUAUGAUCUUGCAACUGAACAACUGAAACGCUGCUUACAAUACAAUAAGUCUUGUUCAAAAGCUUAUGAAUAUAUGGGUUUUAUCAUGGAGAAAGAACAGGCCUAUAAGGAUGCUGCAACUAAUUAUGAAUUAGCUUGGAAAUACAGUAAUCAAGCAAACCCUGCUGUCGGUUUCAAACUUGCUUUCAAUUACCUGAAAGAUAAGAAAUAUGUGGAGGCAAUAGAAGUUUGUCAUGAUGUUUUGAAGAUAUGCCCAAGUUACCCAAAAAUUAGAGAAGAGAUUUUGGAAAAGGCUCAAGCAGCUCUCAAACCCUAAAAAAUAAAAGUCUGGAUAAUAUGAAAUGCUUUGAGAUCAGAAAUAUGUCAAUGAGCACUAGAAAUAAAAACAUAUUUAAAGUAAAGAUUAUUAGGCAUUUUAGAUGUUUUAAUUCUAAACUCAGCCUUGCCUCUUUGCAGAGAGUAUGCUACUGAAAACAUGUGGAAAUAAAUAACUAUUAAGACUCAGGCCUGGCCAUUAAACUGUGUAUAUGGACUGACAAAGGGGAAUUGUAAAUUCAGCAGAAGAGUGUAUCCUCUUUAUCUUAUCUACAUUAUUUACAGGAUUCAGUUUAAAAGAAAACAGAGUGGGCCUGAUUCUCAUUUUUAAUAAGGCCCCUUUCUAUCAUUCUGUUAGAGUGAAGGAAUCUUAAAGUGAGAGUUAAACUAUGUUUACAUGCACUUUAAGUCCCCUUUACCCUACCAGAGUGGUGUAAGGAGGAUUUACUGUAAAUGGGAUUCAGGCUCAAUAUAUUUAAUUUACAAUAUAUCAAAGUACUGUAAAAAUAUUUUAAGUACAGGGUUUAGGAAAGUUUGGAAGGUUCCCUUUAUGGCAUGCCUGUGGGACUCACUUGCCUAGUGAAUGUAAUAUUCAAAGUUCUUUUCAAAGAAGUGUGUAUUUCUGUAUGUAUUAACUCUAUAGUGUUUAACCAAUGACUGGUUAUUCAGAUCAGACACCACUUUAGUGUCUUAUCAACAAAUAUGGUUUAGACAUUUAUAUUUAAUAAGACUAAGUCAUCCUUUUGAAAAAAAAUCUAUUAAUCUAUGCUUUAAAAAAAUAAAUGAACUAGUACUGUCCCAAGGCGUUAUAUGGUUUUUAUUUUGAACUUUAUUUUUAAAGCUUCUUCAUUCAUUUAUUUGAUUUUACUUUCUUUUAGUCACUUGCUGAGAAUUCAUUUUGAAAUAUAUAUAUAUAUAUAUAUAUUUAGAUAUAACAGAAUUUUUCUCCACAACUUAUGUUAAUUCAGGAGGAGCAUUGGCUGACAGAGAGAGAAAUGUCAUUUUUAUUCACAGCUUCUUCAAAUAAUCAAAUAAUUCAGAGCAGUUAUAUUGAAAUAAAUAAUUCAUUCUCCAAUAACAAAAGCAGAAGGCAGGGCAAGGAAAAGUAAUUUGUCCCUUUUCCUUUGUUUAUUGAUGAUUGAGACCAAUAUAUAAAGUAAAUGAAACUGAUUAAAGUUUUGUUUGUCUUCAUUAUUAUAUAUCAACAAACUCUUUUUGCUUAUGUAGUUAUGGGGUUCUGUUAGAGGUGGACAUACUCAUCUUGCCUAAUUUUGAGCCAACUUUAAUAUUGACUUUGAAAGUUCAAAUCAAGCUUGAGUGAUUGUGAGUUUGCAUUCCACUUAGAUGAGACUGUGCGAAGAGGGUGCCGAGAAAGAAACUCGAAUGAAAAAUGAAAUGCCAAAUGUAGGUUACUUACGUAAGUCUAGCUUUUGGCAGGGAUCUUCUCUCACUAAUACAUAAUUCUGGAUCUGAUUUAGGAAAGCACUUAAGCAUGUGUUUAAGUUCAUCCCUAUCAGGACAACAUUUAAGCACAUGUUUAAUUUUAGCACAUGGUUAAAGGUAAGUAUGUGUUUUAAGUGCUAUCUUGAAUAGCGAUGCUUUACUGAGCUGGGGCCAUAAAGGAGAGGAAACAAAGCUUUUACUGCAACAUAGAGAAGAGUCUGAACUGCAAAGUUCAAAUUCAGACUUUUUGUUCUGUUCAUUUUAUAUUGAGAGGUUUUCUGUGAUUAUUGGAGUUGGAUGUGAGGUUUCCCAAGAUCUGGGAGUAUUUUUGGAUUCAAGGUUUUGGUCUGAACUUCUCUCUAAUUAUAGAUUAAGUACCAAUACACUAUAUCUACUAAGAAAUUCAUGUAAUUGACAAAAAAUGGUUCAUAAGGUUGGUAAACUUCAACUAAGAAUUAUGUGUUGAAUUAUACACAGUAACUACAAUGAAGUUAUUUUUCAUGCACAUUGUAACUGUACUGUAAAUUUAGUUUAGUAAAUGAAUAGGACUUUGUGGCACAUACAAAUAUCAAAACUACAGUGUAGUUAUCAUGAAAUCAUUCAUCUUAUAUACUGUAGAUAUAUUAAACUUCAACUUUGGUUUUCUGAAUCUUUGUAAACAAAUUGUUCAAGACUUACAAAAUCUCAAACUCUAUUGUGUUCACCCAAGACUAGUAUUUACAGUAUUGCAUAAGUCAUGGUCUAUAUUUUGAUGAGUAGAAUUUGACAGCAUGGAACUUGUGACGCCCUGGAAAUAUCUUCUCAAUAUUCCUGGCCAUGAAUUUGGCAGUAGUGAAGUAGAGACAUUCCCCAGAAAAUCAAUUCCAGGUUUUAUUGGAGCCUUAGUGUGUGAUGGAAGAGAAGACUGAGAUUGCUUCGCUCUCUGUAGAUGUCUAGAAAAGCUACUAGUUCUUCAACUUAAUUCGUCAAUGAAAAAUCCUCUUCCUUAGCCUACAUCUUAUAGCUCAUAAUGGCUAGGCAGGUGGCGAGCUAAGUCUACUGCUUCCUAUGCAAAAUGUUUUUGUUUUACUUCUUUUUUCCAGCCACAUUCAUCCUAUUUUGAGUUUCACCCACUUGCUGCAUCUAGAUUGUGAACUCUUGGGGGCCAGGAUUGGGUUCUUACUACUUGUUUUUACAGCAAUUAGUCCUGUGGGGCUCUGGUCUCUGUUUGGAGCCCGUAGGCUUGACUACAAUACAAUACAAAUAAACAAUCUUUCACAUUCCCCUUCAGCCCCUUCAUUCUGCCAGUGACACCAGUCUACAGGCUUUUUUCCUUCUCCCAUUAUUGACUUUAUAACUUCUUCCAUGCAACCCUGUGACCGGGGUCCUAGUGGGGAGCCAGCUGUGGUGACUCAAUUAAG